UCUUUUCCCACUAUCUUCUUUUCCUAAUCAUCAAUUCUUUUUUUUUUUUAUUAACAGUGACUCUUGUAUUCCAUUUGAGUUCAUGGUUGAUGAAGCAUAUGUAACUUUAGUGGCUACUGAUAGUUACGCUGCAGGUGCUUUGGUACUUGGACAUCGUUUACGUGAUCUUGGUUCACAAAAAGCUUUGGUAUGUCUCGUUACGAGUAAUGUCUCUGCUACUGUUCUGGAACAUUUAUCACAACUCUAUACGCUGGUUUCAGUGGAUACACUUAUAUCUUCAGAUAAAGAUAACUUACGUUUACUUGGUCGUCCGGAAUUGGAUAUCACUUUCACCAAACUUCACCUCUGGAACCUAACUCAAUACAAGAAAGUAGUCUUCUUGGACGCAGAUACCUUACCUUUACGAAAUGUUGAUGACCUUUUCUGUCGGCCAAACUUUUCUGCUGCUCCGGAUGCUGGAUGGCCUGAUUGUUUCAAUUCUGGCGUGUUUGUGACGGAACCUUCUGCAAAAGAUUAUCAAGGAUUAAAGGAUAUGGCCUUAGAGAAGGGCUCUUUUGAUGGUGGUGAUCAAGGUCUUUUGAACAGUUAUUUUAGUUCUUGGUCUACUUCUCCAUCCAGUCACCGUCUUCCAUUUACUUACAAUGCCACUCCAACAAGUCAAUACAGUUAUGCGCCAGCUCAUCAAUAUUAUGUGAAUGACAUUGCCAUUUGUCAUUUUAUUGGUACUGAAAAACCUUGGAAAUAUCAACGUUUUGCCGAUGGAAAGGUUUUUUCUCAAGCAUGGAAAGGAUUGACAGAUCUGAUACAAUCUUGGUGGGAUACUUGGAACUUACAUUAUGGACAGAGUCUUCCUCACGUACUACUUUCUAAAACACCUAUGGAUUCUUUUGAUUAUACCCUUAUGACUGGACCUAUCAAUCUAUUCAAUAUUCCUAUUAUCAAUGCCUGGGAUACAUCAAAUGUAUAUGACGAUAUUGAAAUGUAUGAAAAACAUCGACAUAUUGAAGCCAUGCCUCCAAUUGCCAAUAUCACUAUCAGUACACCAAAGUGGCUCUCUCAACAAACUUCUUCCUCUUCCUAUCCGGGUUCAUCCGAUAUGCAUACACUUGAUUCCUUGUUUGAUGACACAUCUCAGUAUUCAAGCCAUAUUAACGACGAUGAAACAUUAGAUGAUGUGGUCUCGAUUACUGAUCAAUCCUCUUUCACUUCACCAUUACCUGAAGAUACAAAUGUAAACAACAUCACUCAUCACCAAGCUGCCUCUCAUACUGACAACAAAAAAGAUGGUUGCUACCAAAUUAUUGAUUGGAAUCCAGCUCAUGAUUCUCCACCAAAUACUGGAAUGGCUGCCAAUAUUCCUGAUCUAUCGAAUUUUGUCAAUGCCUGGGAUCAACCACUCCAACAUCAGACUAUUUGGAUCGCACCAGAGCCACAACCCAUCCCAAAUAUGGAACAUGAUUAUGGUUUUAUACACGAACGCCAACGCCAACAUCGACAAUACUACCCACCUGUCUUCCCCUGGGAAUCUGAACAAAUACCUGAACCAACUCGCAUAUGGCUUGAUGAACAUGUUGAAAUGGUUACCAAAGAAAACAGCAAACAAAAAUCACAAGUGACUGAUGGAUAUGGGAACACUACACGACAAUAUAUUGGAGAAGAAUACAAUGUUGAGACAAGAUCUAUCCCUUUUGAUGAACAUCAUGGACAACAACAGUUUAUACACCAUUCUGAAUCAAUAGAAGAGGUAGAUAAUGCUUCUCCUACUUAUGCAAUGGAUCUGAUCACACAUCCUAUAAUGUCACCUGGAAAGUCACCAAAACGGUCCCACUAUUCGCCAACUGAAAGUAUUCAAACUGACAACGACUGGAGCGAUAGAGAUCUUAUACCCAUCCAACUUAAGCCAUCCAGCAAACUCAAUAAGGAAGGUCUCUCACCAGUGAUUCCUCAGAGUCCAAUAGGUAGUCGGCGAAGUAGUAUCUCCAGAAGUAGACGUGCAUCUGCUUCUUCCAGUAGAUCACAAUCACGAAGUGUUACUGCACCAACUUCGCCAGCAGCAUCCUCAUCUCCAACACCAACAUCAACCCCAGUUUUUGGACCACGACUUGCGAUGGAUUAUUCUCAGGAACAACAGCCAUUACCUAUGUCUUCACGCAUGUAUUAUUCAAAGCAGACACCUUAUACAUCAGCCGCUGCUACCCCUGUUCGUGAAAACCAAGGAUUCUUUGAUGAAAAAUAUGUAUUGCAGAAUUAUAUGUACGACGGUAGUCACAGUCAAGAAGUGGAUGAUGGAUUACAAGAAAAUGAUCUUGGUGACGAUUUUUAUUGGAACUAUUCUUUUGAUGAAUCUCUACAACGGGCUACAUACAGAAAUCGAUCAUCACAGCAGCAUUACUCUGAUAUCAAAACGGAAUGGGAUCCUCAAGCGGCACUCACCCAACUCAAAUCUACCAGCGAAUCGAUUUUGUGUAGUCGGGAAUAUGAAGAAGCUGUGGAAAGAACCAACCCAGAAGAUAGUAUCGACAACAGCAACAACAGUAGGGUCAUAUCAGCAGAAAAUCAUUAUGCAUUGGACAAUACUACUACCGAUAUACCAGCUCAUGACAGCAUUCGAGAUCAAUUCAACGCAAGCGGCAACUCUUCUCCAAAGACACCUGUGGCUCGUGGUAUGGAUAGUAAUCUCACGGGAGAGAUUGAAACAGCAAAGGAACAAUAUCGACAGCAACAACGUGCAGCACUUUCACUCGUCGAACCGCAAACAGCCAUGGCAACAUUAUUGGAGGUUGAACUCGAUUUAUCCAAAAGUAAACUCUUCAAUCGUCGCUCGGACAACACCAGAAACAACAUAUAUCAAAGUACUGAUAUCACAGGUGCUUCUUCAUCGUCCUCUACUGCUCCUACUGCCACGAUGGUUAUGGAAAGUGGUUCCAGCAGUGAAUUUGAAACUAUUCACGAUGUAUCUACCUCUACAAUUGACAACGAAAACGACAACAAUGAAGAAGAACCUCCUUCUAUGGAUCAACAGCAAGAUCAACAAUGGAUUGAACAACAUCAUGAUGGAGAUGAUCAGCUCGUACAACAGGAUGAUGAUUUUGUAGCCUACUUUGAUUCUUCGAUCAUGGAAACAGCAAGACGCAAACUGAACGCACUGGCGCAUGAUGUUUCUGUUACGUCAAUGUCCUCCACAGCCACAAUGAAUGAUGUAUUUCUCGAUGAAACAAUAUCCACGACUUCUCAAUCGGAACCUUUACAAAAUCUAUCACGGUACAGUUUCCCUGAUGCGUCAUUUGAAUAUACGACAUACGAUACCCCUACGAUGGACCCUGGAUUGGAAACUGUGGAAUUAUCGUCUUCAUCAAUAUCUUCAUCUGUACAAGAUAUGAGCCAAAGGGUAGAUCACAAUACGGAUGAUUCUGAUACUUUAUUGCAAUCAACGGGUGAAGAAGUAGAAUUGGAAGAAGAAGUAACUGAAGGUGAUUUGAGGAGCAACGAAAGUGAUUUGAACAACAAUAAUGUAUCAACAUGGCUGUCUCUUACUACGGAUGAAAUGAUGCACCACUCAUUACAAUCGACGGUUUACAACGAUGAUGACAUCCAUCACAGCAACAUUAUUAGGGGUGAUGAUUCCCAAUGUAGCGAUGGCAACUCUGAUGACAACAGUAUUAUUAUUGGCACCAUUGAUCUUCUCACUGAAACUGCUGAUGAUACUCUGAUGGAUACUCAUACGACAGUGGAAUACAUGGAACUACCAUCAACAUCCAUUUCAGCAUUAGCAAGCUCGGAAAACGAACAAAAAGCAACAAUAUUUUCGCCUGCACCAACAAUUGACAAACAAGGAUCAGCUUACAUACUCUCUGGGUCUGAUGACAACGAUACCGUCUUCUUAUCAGCUGCAGAAGGAACUCUUACUAGCGCCAGUGGAUCAUCAUCCGUCAAUAGUAUGUAUGAUUGGUAUACAGUUGGAUCAUCUACGCCUAUACCAAACGAUGAUGACGAAAAUGAUGAUACGGUAUUGAAUUUAUUAGGAGAAGACGACAUGGAAACACACACUGCUACAGCACGUUCGUUUGUUACUGAAAGCAGAGGAGGAGAAACAAGUGAUGAACCAAUCAUUCCAGUCUCAUCAUUCACAUCAACAUCAACAUCAUCAUGGUCAUCUUCCUUCCCACUGCCAGUGAUGGGUCCAACCGAAAACAACAAUGACAGUUCAUUCACAUACGAAUAUGUUGUUCUGUAUUCCAACAACAACGACGACGAUGACGAUGAAAACAACAGCGAUUUUGACGAUGGAUCAGACGUUGCAUCGGUGGAAUCUGAACAUACAGCGAAGGCACAAGAUUGAUACCAAUAUUUAGUUAGUAGUAUUAUUAGUAUUUUUUUUUU